AUGAGUUGCAAUUCUGGACAAUCGGGUGGUGAAAACAGAGACCGCGGAUGCCAUAGGGUUCCCUCGAAGUGUCAUUGUGGUUUAGAUGUUGUUCUCUACACAUCGAACACGCAUGCAAACCCAGGAAGACCUUUCUUUCGCUGUCCAAACAGAGGAGAUGACCAUUUAUUCAAAUGGGUUGAAGAAGGUGUAUACGAAGAGGUUGUAGACUUGAAGGCUCGGAUUGAAGAACUGGAGGAAGAUGGAAUGUUGAUCAAAAGAGACAAUAAGAAAUGGAAGUUGAUGAGCUCAUUCUGCUUGGUGUGUCUUUGUUUUAGUGUCAUUGCCAUUGUGAUCUUUAUUCUUAAAACCAAAAACCAGAAAUUAGUUCUUGGUUACUAG